CAGUAUUUAAUCGUCAAUCUUUGUUUCUAAAUUUAUCGUAAACAAGUGAAUUUGGUUGUUUGGUUGUAGAACUGGUGAAAUAUGUGUGAAAUAAAGCCAAAUUUCGUGACGCACGAUCUGGUGCACAAUCUGAAGUGCUCUAAGCGCGGUCCGAGGAUAAGGCCAGACAUGAAAAAGACGAGAACAUGGCCUGGAGCGCGAUUUAUGUGCGUUUGUAAGGAGGGAGACUUGAAUACUGCUGCAUAUUGCUUGGCGGAGUUGAUGCACGAGCCGUUUCGGCCAUUUCCAAUGGCCACCGUGGCAGUGCAUCAUUCGAUCCGCGACGAGUUCAUCGAGCGGGUGAGGAGUCGGUUCCGGCAGCUGAAGCCAAACGUGGCCAAUCAUCCGAACUUCAUAAGAGCCGUCCAGGAGCUGAAGUACGGGCUACGACCUGUGAAAUACGUCCUGGCCGAUGUGGCCGAUGCGCCGGCCUGUGCCAGUCCCAUUCUGGUGACGGAAGGCGUCACCCACUUGUUCUUUCCCAGCGGACCCUCGGGAUGCACCACGCUGCACAGCUUCAGUACAAUGUCGGAGGUGGCGCUAAUCUUUGGCAAGGAGACGCCGAACUUCGACGCCGUCUACUUCUUUGAUGAGACCAUCACGCGUGUCUACAUCUUGGCCAAGCUGAUCAGCUGUGUGCAGUUCUUUGUGAACUGCAUGGAUGCGUGUCUGCUGGAGAUUAUGCCCCACUACAUGGAGCACACGCCCAUGGUGAUCUACAAGCGCGGCUAUCACUACGAGACCCUGGAACUGGGCCAGCAGUGGAAGAUCAUCGUGUUCCCCUACAGCACCUCCAUCCUGAGGCAGUGCUGCUGUCCCACUGGCCAGUGCCGCUGCUAUGCCACCCAUUCGGCCUGCUGUGAGGACCAUUUGCAGGGUUAGGGUAUACACAGGAUAUGUAUUGCCUCAACUGAGAACGCAGCUCCAGCCCACUCCAUCCUGCUGGUAAUUUCGACGGGGAACUCCAUCUUGGCAAAGGAAAUCAGAACUUCCUCCGUCUGUUCUUCGACUGCCGGCGUCGCUCCAGAAAUCCGCAGUUCCAAUGAGUAGUUUGCGACUGGCAACACAUGUGAGCCAUAAUUUUCGCGGUACUUGCCUCUUGAAUGGCAAAUAAAGUGGUCACUGGCUGUGGUGAACUAUUGCAUUUUAGUCAA